AUGCCACCAGUGGAUACCAGUAAAAAGUCAAGUGUCUCAAUUGUCAAAGACGUAAGAAUCAGAAAAAUUCAUGUACUUUCAACAUGUUUUACACUGAAAUUUAAAACUGGACGACUAGUGUAAUAUAAUUUAUGUGAUAUUUUGCUUGCAGAGUAACGGAAGCAACAUUUCCAAGAAAACUGCUGCUUCUGAAAAACCCGCGGACAAGAAUCAAGAGAAACAGCCUGAGAGUAAGAAAAUCUUAGUCUAAAGAUACUUAAUUAUUUUUGCUUCAUCUGGUGGGCAAUUUCAGCGGACCUCAAUAGCGAUGCCGAUGAAAUUUCUGUCAGAUCAAGCCCUGUUGUUGUAUCAGCUAGCGCCCGUAAUUUCUCACCGAUUGUCUUUUCCCGAAACGAAUUGAAAGCGGCCGGAAAGGGAUGUGAAAAAGAUGUGGAGGAGAACGAGCACUUUGACCCCGUAUUUUAUAAGAAUCAAGUGGCCAUGAGACAACACGAUCAAGCCAAGCGACCGCUGAACAGCACGCAAGCCGAAGCUAUGGUAGAAUUGGGCGAAUUGGAGGUGGAGGUGAUCGCAAAGAAGGUCAGUAAAAACAAGGACAUCAGAUGUAAAUUGACGGUAAAACAACAGGCAUACCUCGGAAGUGGCGCGUUCUCAGGUAUAUAAGAGAAGUUGCAGACCUAGCAGCUUUUAGACGUCUACAAGGGCACAGUAAAGCCAAAGGACAAAAAAGGAUCUCAAGAAUUGACCGUGGCCAUAAAGAAAAUCUGGCCGGAUCCGUCAAGGGAAGACCGUCAGAUCGCGAUUCACAGAAAAUUGGACCACCAGAAUCUGAUCAAAUUGCUGUAUUAUUACGUUUGCGUCCAUCCCGAGACCAAGCAAACGAUGUGGUCGUUGAUUUUGGAGCUAAUGCCAUCGACUGUGGCUCAAGAACAGGGGAAAAGAAUGGAUCGGGGAACCCUUCUGCCUUCGUUGUACGUCAAAGUAAGCGGUUUCCAGCUAUGGAUUUGUCGAGGGAAAAAAGGAUUUUCGUCAAAUAUGGCAUAGACAUUAGAUCAAGGCCAUAGGUCAAUUUCUGAAAUGGCGGAAGAAGAAAUAAUUUUUUUAGAAAGAAAAAAAGGGCAACUAUUUUUGGAUUACUGUAAGACGCAAGCUGAAAAUUUCACAAAUAAUUUCGGAGAUUGUAAGCUUUUUAUCAUCCAUUUUUUCACUGUGAAAUUUUUUUAGUUGUUCAUGUAUCAGACCUUCUGCGGCUUACUGUAUUUGGAGAAGGUGAGAUACUUUCAUCGCGAUAUCAAGCCGGACAAUUUGUUGGUGAACAUGGCCUCCGGCUGCUUGAAGAUUGGCGACUUUGGAAGUGCUCGUCGCUAUCGUCCAUACGAGAAAAACACGGCGUAUCAGGUGACUCGAUACUACCGCGCUCCCGAACUUUGUAUGAAAUAUACCAAAUACGAUACGACGGUCGACAUCUGGGCGGCUGGGUGUAUUCUGGCGGAGAUGUUGACCAAUCGGAUCAUCUUUUAUGGGGAGGACAAUGCGGAUCAGCUGAAGAAAAUCUUCAGAAUCUGCGGGACUCCGAAUAUGGAUCAGCUGAAGGAAUGUGUCCCGGGGCAUGAACUGGACCCAAUCAUCUUGAGGGACCAGUUUCCGGCUGCCAAUUGGUUUAAAAUUUUGAAGAGAUACAAUCGGAACGCGACACAAGUUCACGCAGAUAUGGUGGGAGCGUGAGUUUUAAUAGUUUUAUAUUAUCCAUGCCGUCGAUUGGUUCCAUUAUCUCUAAAAAUUAUGUUCAGAAUCCUUCGAUACGAAUGCAACAAACGUCUUCGUGGCUUAGAUGCCCUCAGGCAUCCUUUUUUCAAUUCUUUGAGGAAACCGACUGCCAAAAUGCCAGAUGGAUCUGCGUUACCAAGCUUGGAAUAUCUAAAUGAAACAAGAUAA